CAACUAUAAACCCUAGCUAGCUUCACUUCCCUACCCCAAAGUUUCUUACGAGCGCACAAGAACACAAAAGCCUCUCGCUAGAGCUCAGGACAGAUCCGCCGCCGCCGCCGCCGCCGCACAGUCGCAGCAUCAGUAGCAGAAAUGGGAGUAGAAAUGGAGGCAGCGAAAACUGUCAAGGAUGUCUCUCCUCACGAGUUCGUCAAGGCCUAUUCCUCCCACCUCAAGCGCUCCGGCAAGAUGGAGUUACCGCAGUGGACAGACAUUGUGAAGACUGGUACGUUCAAGGAGCUUGCCCCAUAUGACCCUGAUUGGUACUACAUUAGAGCUGCUUCUAUGGCAAGGAAAAUCUAUCUCAGGGGCGGCCUUGGUGUUGGAGCUUUCCGGAGGAUCUAUGGUGGGAGCAAGAGAAAUGGCAGUCGCCCACCCCAUUUCUGCAAGAGCAGUGGCUCUGUUGCAAGACACAUCCUUCAACAAUUGCAGAACAUGAACAUCAUUGACUUUGACGCAAAGGGUGGGAGGAAAAUCACAUCGAGCGGCCAGCGUGAUCUUGAUCAAGUUGCUGGAAGGAUCGUGGUUGCCAUUCCCCAGUGAGAGAGAGAUGGAAUCAAGCGUCUUUAUGCGCCGCAUUGGAUACCCUGAAUUAUAAGUUUGGUUGUUUGGAUGAGAGUAGAUUUAGUGUACUGUUUGCACACAACAAUUUUUCCCUGAUCGUUUGCCUGGUACUUCAUGAUGAAGAUGUCUAUUUUUGGAUUUGAUGCUUUUGUUGUCAACUUGCGUUUUAUGAUCUUUAAUUUGUGAGCUCAUUUCCAGGAA